ACUCCACUCUCCGCAGAGAAGGGCCGAGAGCACGGGAAACGGAAGCCACAGCCGCCGCUCCCUACCGUCUCCCGCUGCGCACCCCACCCGCCUCUCGAGAUGUGCAAGGGACUGGCGGGCCUGCCGGCCUCCUGCCUGCGGAGUGCAAAAGACAUGAAGCACCGGCUAGGCUUCCUGCUGCAGAAGUCCGACUCCUGCGAGCACAGCUCUGCCCACAGCAAGAAGGACAAAGUGGCUGUUUGCCAGAGGGUGAGCCAAGAGGAAGUCAAGAAAUGGGCGGAAUCACUGGAAAACCUGAUCACCCAUGAAUGUGGGCUGGCCACGUUCAGGGCAUUCCUGAAGUCUGAGUACAGUGAGGAGAACAUUGACUUCUGGGUUAGCUGCGAGGAGUACAGGAAGACCAAGUCACCUGCCAAGCUCAGCCCUAAGGCCAAGAAGAUCUACGAGGAGUUCAUCUCUGUGCAGGCCACCAAGGAGGUGAACCUGGACUCUCACACCAGGGAGGAGACUGGCCGGAAUGUGUUGGAGCCCACAGUGACCUGCUUUGACGAGGCCCAGAGAAAGAUCUUCAACCUGAUGGAGAAGGACUCCUACCGCCGCUUCCUCAAGUCGCGGUUCUAUCUGGAUUUGGCCACACCUUCCAGUGGCAGGGCCGAGAAGCAGAAGGGAGCCAAGGGUCCUGCAGACUGUGUGUCCCUACCCCCGCAGUGUGCCUGAUUCCCUCUGAGGCCCAGCCUGGAAUGGGAGAUGCAGUGUUCUGGACACCUGAGGACAACAACAAGCGUGGUGACUGUGCACGGCCCUGUGUAAGUCACUGCCAUGUAGACUUGGGUGGAGCAGCCCACCCUCCCCAAGCAAGCACCCAAGCGAUGGCCUCAGGGCUGGGAUUCCAGACCCACUGGCAGUGCCCUCCCACAGCAUGACCUCCGUCUGGCCGGCUGGUGCACAUCCUCUGACACCCAUGUGGACAUGCAUUCUGCUGGCCAGCACUUCUGCAGGUGCCGUGUUAGGUGAGGUCCAUGUAUGGUACACAUGAGUAUGUGUGCAUAUUAAAUAUCUGUAAUACAUACAUAUGCAUUCUGCAUACAUUUAUGUGUCUAUAUAUCAGUAUAUGUUGUUAAUUUGAUUGUGUAUACACAUGUUUCUGCAGGAUUAGACAGAAGGCCUCAGGUGCUCAAAUCAGUGUGUGUACACACUUCCACGCACAUUCUCAGGGCAAGCUGAGCUAGCUGCCAUGCAGGCUAAGAGGGGGUGACAACCUGUGCACCCUGGUUCUAUAAAAUCCAUGGGUUUUGCUGGAGAAGAAUCCAAGGGACUUCCUGCAGGUUUAGCCCUGACAGCCUCCGCCCUCAGUAAAGUGKCCAGGAAGGCUCAUGUCCCUGACAUCACAGGGCUCUGGCACGGGCCCCUUUCCUGGGUGCUCAGGCAUGUAGUGAGCAGCCGGGCUGGGCUGGCAUCCAGAGAUGAAGGGAGUGAGGAGCUGUAGGCAGGGUCUAGCCAGCUUUGUGAGAGUGAGUCUCUGGCUGGGCCAGGGCACAGAGCUCCAGGUUACUGCUGUUGUCUGUGACCCUUGUCCCCUCCUGAUCAAGGUCUGUUUUUAUUCCCCUGAGAACUGAGAACCUUGGCCAUCAGAUAAGCUACUGAGUUCCCCUGGCAGGCUCUUUCCUGUAGGGUUCCAGGCUAUGUACCUGCAUUUAUAAACCCAGCAGUGGAGAAAGGGUACAUUUCUAAGGGGAAACAAGUUUUCACAAACUCAGAAAGUUUUCUCUUCAAGGCAAAUCUUGUUCAUACCAUCCUAAACAUCACAGACUGAAAAAUUUUCUUCUAUGUCCUGAGAGCAAAGAAAAGAGAAAUGAAGAAAGUGGGAAAGGAGACCAGCUGUCCUAACAACUAGUUUUAAGCUCUCCAAGGCACUUGAAAUAUUUGACAAUGCCUCAUGGGUGCUGUCCCUGAAGUUCAUCUGGGCAUGUGUUUAGUGUUGCCUUGCUGUGCAGGCAGGGGUGGGGCCUGGCUGGGACAAUUAGGGAAAGACCAGGAAGCCUUUCCUUCCCUUUCUCCUGAGCUGCUGCCUUGGAAAGUGCACAUACUGCUCUUUCACCCUGACACAGGCUGCUGCUUAGCCGGUACCCCAACUGCAUGUGCGAACCCUGGAGGUGUGCAUCCCUUUGCUGGACACACAAGUUCCUGGUGGUGUCCUUCAUCACCCUGGCUGACCUCACUGUUCUUUUCAUCAGAUUGUCUAACAGUCCUGUCUCCUGAUGAUGUCACGGUCCACCUGUGCAAAUGACCUUGCCCUUUGUGACAUCAUGACUUCUGAGUGUAUAUGUGGCCAAAGACUGUACCUCAUAGGCCGGCCUGGAAGGCCAUUCCAAAUGAGAAGUAAAAUACUUUGUGGAAUA